UUGACGAUGGAUGAUCGGCGGAUCGGUGGAUCGGUGGAUCAGCGGAUAGGUGGCCAAUGGCCGAUCGAUCGGCGGUGAAUAUAGCUGUUUUGUAUGCACCGAAGGUGGCACAGUGGCACCGUGGCACUCCGCUCCGAUAUCCGCUUUAUAAAUACAACAAACACCAAGGAAGUUCGUUUCAUUUUCUUGGCAGCAAUCGAAGCGUUGACAUAACCACAUAGCAAACCAGCAGUGCCAGUGCACCACCUGUCGCACCACACGGAUUAUACACUAUCAUCACAGCACCACCCCCUGACCCACCCACCACGAAUCGAGAUGAAGCUCUGUCCCAGCUCGAGGAGCAUUUGCCUGCUGUUGGCCAUCGCCCUGACAAUCGCCAUAGGGGGAACCGAGGCGGGUCGUCUGCGCCUGCGCCACUCUAGCCGCCAUUUUGCGCCCACCACAGCCACAGCCACAGACACAACUACCAGCCCCACCAAAGCCGACAGUCCAGUAACCGCUGAGGAGACGGUGGUGCAGCCGACGGAGGAGAGCAGUGGAGCCGAAUCGGCGGGGGCCAGUGAGGACUCCGGCUUGGCCAGCGGCAAGCACAAGCGGGGCAUCUUGCAUGGCCACCAUGGGCACGCCCUGCACGCCUCUGCGCCCUGGCCUGCACGCACCUAUGCAGCCCACUAUGGCUACAGCCUCCAGCUGCCCGGCGCCAGCAGCUUCCUGGCCGCAGGCCCCGCCCAGGUGCCAAUCGGUCAUCGCCAUGGGCUCGUGAAGUUUGGAGCCGUCUCCCCCCUGCACGGGCUGCACCUCAAGCCACUCUCCCUGGCUGGAGCCGCGUCUGGCCCAGGUCUGGCAGCCGCCUUUCUGCCCGCAGCCGCCGCCGCUCCCGCCGGAUCGCUAACACCCGCUGUGGGUGGAGGAGGGCUUCCACUGGGAGUCGGCCUCGCCAGCGCCGUGGCAUCGCCCUCGUAUGUGCUGCGUCCAGGCAACGCCGUCGUCUCCUCGUACAGCGUCAACUAUCCGCACCAGCAUCUGCAGAAGCCACAAGUCUUGCUCUCGUCCGGCCCCAGGCCCGUGCAUUUCCACGGACCAGCCACAGCAGUCGGAGUAGGGGCAGCCGUCCCAGCCCAUGGCCAUGGCCAUGUCCAUGCCGUGCAGCCCACCUACGUGCAGGCCCUGGCUCCUGCAGCUCCUGCUGUGCCUGUCCAGCCCGUCCAGUCGUUCCAACCGAUUCAGCCAGUACAGCACUACCAGCCCCUGCAGCCCCUGCAGCCCGUGCAGCCCAUUCAACCAGUACAGCACUUCCAUGCCGUGCAGCCGGUGCAGCAGCCGUCGGUGACCUUUGCUGAACAGCCAAACAUUCCCUUCAUUCCCCAGUUCCCGGUGGGACCCCCAUCCCCGGGAUUUUCGGGUUUUUCGACCUUCGCCUUCCAGCCCGCCCAGCCAGCGGUGCCAGCACAGCCACCACAGCCCGCCCAGCCCGCCCAGCCGGCAUCGGCACCAGAGGGACCCGAGGUACCCCAAAUACCACAGAUCCCUGACAUUCCACAGAUCCCUGCCAUUCCGCAGAUCCCUGCCAUUCCGCAGAUCCCGCAGAUACCACAGUUCCCAGUGAAUCCUCAGUUUCCGGGUAUUCCCCAGUUUCAGGGCUUCCCCCAGUUCCCCGGCUUUCCACAGGUGCCACAAUUCCCCCAGACACCCACGGCACCCGCUGCACCCGCCUUUCCCCAAGCUCCGCCCAACAGCCAGUUCUUUCCCACGGUGGUGCAGCCACCGCUGCCCCAGCAGCCGCCCACGUUUGUUCAGACGGAGGCGCAGUUCCCGGGCGGAAUAGUCCCGCUGCCGGGAUCGAGUCCAGUGCGCCCCGAAACGGGCACGGCCAUAGCCUCGCCCCAGAUACCACCCCAGGCGCCAGAGCAGCCGGAGCCCGAGCAGGCGCCACCACCACCACUGCCCACAGUGCGUCCCACACAGCAGCAGCCGCAGCAGCCGCAGCAGCCAUGGAAGCCGGUCUUCUAUCAGCCACCCACGGAGUCAGCGGCAGCCUCGCCCAACCGUCCAUCGAUCACGCUGCUGCCGCCCUACGGCAGUGCCCCCGCAGAGGGCUACCUACCGCCUGCCGGCUCCCAGCCAUCGGCCUUUGGCUCCUCCAGCGGUGGAGUGGGCAGCCAGGGAGGCAUCUUUGAUCAGCUGAGCGACGCGGAGCUGGAGCACAUCUUCGCCCAGGCCAAUCUUGCGCAGCAGCAACACCACGCCCGCACCCACUCCUACCACCACUACUGAGAGGAGGACGAAAAGGAGGAGGAGGAGGCGUGGCUUUUCUCUAGUGAUUUUUCGAAAUGUAUGUUUUUUUUGUUUUCG